AUGGAGUCCCUCUACGAUGUGCUAGGUGUUGCGAGCGAUGCCUCGCAGAGCGAGAUAAAGAAGGCGUACCGGAAACUCGCGUUGCGAUACCAUCCGGAUAAGAAUAACGGGGACGAGAAGUGUCACGAGGCGUUCCAGAAGAUAUCCCACGCGUACGGGGUGCUUGGGGACGUUGCCCAGCGGCAACGUUACGACCAGUCUGGCGAUGAGAACGAGUCCCUGCAGCCCACGGGUAGUAACGCUGCGGAUCUGUUCUCGUCCUUUUUCAACGGAGGGGGUGUAUACCCCAGUGGCUCAUCGGGUGGACCUGGCCCCAGCAGGGGUCCCAGCCGGGGCCCCAAUAUAAUCCACGAGUUGAAAUGCACUUUGCAGGACUUGUACAGGGGUAAAGUUAUAAAGCUGGCUUUGAGACGGACUGCACCCUGUGAGCGUUGUUCCCUGGGGGCAGCAAACGUGUGUUCCAGUUGCAAUGGAUCCGGUAACAUUACGCGGAUAGAACGUGUGGGCCCCCUGACGCAAACUUGGUCGUCCACUUGCAAUGCGUGUCAGGGCCAAGGUCGGAUGUCAGUGGAUUGCUCGCAGUGUGGUGGGGCGCAGUACUUGAACGAGCGUGUUGUGUUCAAAGUUCAUGUAAAACCGGGCAUGCACGAUGGGCAGACCAUUGUGUUGGAUGGGGAGGCGGACCAAUGUGUGAGAGACAGGCUUGGUCAUCUGACUGUUGCAGAAUCUGGGGAUGUUGUGAUUGUUAUUAGAGAACUCGCAGACGCGAAGUUCAAGAGAAGUGCGUUGAACAAGAGGGAGAACUUGUUUGUUGAUCAGGUUAAAGUUGACCUCACUACAGCGCUUACGGGAGGGAAUGUACUCCUUGAAGACCACCCGAGUGGUAAUUUAAUGAAGAUUAAUAUCUUGCCGGGGGAGUUCUUACCUGAAAACUGUAUCAAAUGUGUUGAAGGGUUGGGCAUGCCGAUUGACGACACUGGGCAGAGGGGGGAUCUGUACAUCCGAUUCUGCACACAUUCACCUCUACAAUUAGAACCAGAGACUAUCGAUAAAUUGAGAGAGGUUCUUCUAAACGACAAAUACGUCAAGACGCAACGCGAAAGAGAAUUGAGAGACUCCGACGAAAGAGUGGGCGACUGUGUAGAGGUCGAGGAGCACGUACUCAACGGACUGCUGACCCCGACAAACAACACCGUUCUAGACCAGUUCGUUGCAAGGGAAACAGGUUCUGAGAACGAGGAUGCGCCAGAUCGGGAGUCAAAGCGUAGAAACAAGAAGCGGAGGCAUUUCAGGUCUCCCUGGGAGAAUCCCUCGGACGGGUUUUGGCGCGCAUUUGAGAGUGGGAGACCUGCAAUGGAUCAGAACAACUGUGCCAUGGAUUGA